AGAAACGUGACACACCAGCCCGCUCGGAGGGGUUUCGGACCGAAGGGAAGGAGCCGCCGCCGCCGCCGCGUCCUCCCUCCGCCUCCCUGCGCGCCGCGGGCACUUCUGCUGGGCCCUCCCGGAACUCCCCGCCGCCGCAGGCCACCCUCCAGCCCCGGGCUCCGGACAACUCCUGGGGUGGGUGGAAAGAAAGUUUGCGCUCCGGCUGCCGCCUCCCCUCUUCUGGGCCUAGGAGGCUAGCCGCCUGCACCCGCGCCCGCUCGGUUCGGCCUCGCCGGGGACCACAUCUUGCCUGGAGACCGCCACCAUGAACAAGCUUUACAUCGGCAACCUCAACGAGAGCGUGACUCCCGCGGACUUGGAGAAAGUGUUUGCGGAGCACAAGAUUUCCUACAGCGGUCAGUUCUUGGUCAAAUCCGGCUACGCCUUCGUGGACUGCCCCGAUGAGCACUGGGCCAUGAAGGCCAUCGAAACUUUCUCUGGAAAAGUAGAACUGCAAGGAAAACGCCUAGAGAUUGAGCACUCGGUCCCCAAAAAACAAAGGAGUCGAAAAAUUCAGAUCAGAAAUAUUCCACCCCAGCUCCGAUGGGAGGUACUGGACAGUCUUCUAGCACAAUAUGGCACAGUCGAGAACUGCGAGCAAGUGAACACCGAGAGCGAGACAGCUGUGGUGAAUGUCACCUAUUCCAACCGCGAGCAGACCAGGCAGGCCAUCAUGAAGCUGAACGGCCACCAGCUGGAGAACCAUGCCCUGAAGGUCUCCUAUAUCCCUGACGACCAGAUCACACAAGGCCCUGAGAAUGGGCGCCGAGGAGGCUUUGGCUCCCGGGGUCAGCCCCGCCAGGGUUCUCCUGUGGCAGCCGGAGCUCCAGCCAAGCAGCAGCAGGUGGACAUCCCCCUGCGUCUCCUGGUGCCCACCCAGUAUGUGGGUGCUAUCAUUGGCAAGGAGGGUGCCACUAUCCGCAACAUCACAAAACAGACCCAGUCCAAGAUAGAUGUGCACAGGAAGGAGAAUGCAGGGGCAGCGGAGAAGGCCAUCAGCGUCCAUUCGACCCCUGAGGGCUGCUCCUCUGCCUGUAAGAUGAUCUUGGAGAUAAUGCAUAAGGAGGCAAAGGACACUAAAACGGCUGAUGAGGUUCCCCUGAAGAUUCUGGCCCAUAAUAACUUUGUGGGGCGUCUGAUUGGCAAGGAAGGCCGUAACCUGAAGAAAGUAGAACAGGACACAGAGACAAAAAUCACCAUCUCCUCGUUGCAGGACCUCACCCUAUACAAUCCUGAGAGGACCAUCACUGUGAAGGGGUCUAUUGAGAACUGUUGCCGGGCUGAGCAGGAAAUCAUGAAGAAAGUCCGGGAGGCCUAUGAAAAUGAUGUGGCUGCCAUGAGUCUGCAGUCUCAUCUGAUCCCCGGCCUGAACCUGGCUGCUGUGGGCCUGUUCCCAGCCUCGUCCAGUGCGGUCCCACCCCCUCCCAGCAGUGUCACUGGAGCAGCCCCCUACAGCUCCUUUAUGCAGGCUCCAGAGCAGGAGAUGGUGCAGGUGUUCAUUCCAGCCCAGGCAGUGGGAGCCAUCAUUGGGAAGAAGGGGCAGCACAUCAAACAACUCUCCCGGUUCGCCAGUGCCUCCAUCAAGAUCGCCCCUCCUGAAACUCCUGACUCCAAGGUUCGGAUGGUCAUCAUCACAGGACCUCCAGAGGCUCAAUUUAAGGCUCAGGGAAGAAUCUAUGGCAAACUCAAGGAGGAGAACUUCUUUGGUCCCAAGGAGGAAGUAAAGUUGGAGACACACAUCCGGGUGCCAGCAUCUGCAGCUGGCCGGGUCAUUGGCAAAGGUGGCAAAACGGUGAACGAGUUGCAGAAUUUGACAGCAGCUGAGGUGGUGGUGCCAAGAGACCAGACUCCUGAUGAAAAUGACCAGGUCAUCGUCAAGAUCAUCGGGCAUUUCUAUGCCAGCCAGAUGGCUCAGCGGAAGAUCCGAGACAUCUUGGCUCAAGUUAAACAGCAACACCAGAAGGGACAGAGUAAUCAGGCCCAGGCCCGGAGGAAGUGACCAGACAUAUCCCGUCUCAUCAACUCUAGGACAACGAGUGGAAGUUGAGCAUGCAUGCUUGACGCCAGCCUGAGAAUGAGUGGGAAUCAGGGAUAUGUGAAGCCUGCCUGUAGAUCAGGUUUGCCCACUUGGCUUGAGAAAGAUGUUCCAGUGAGGAACCCUGAUCUCGGCUCCAAACACCCAAACAAUUCACCCAACACUGUCCAUCCUAUGGGAUGUCACUAUUGAAAUUCUAUUUCAGGGUGCUUUUAAACGUGGAUUAAGUUGAGUUGAACACUCCAGGCCCCCUGGCGAGGGUAGGUCAGACCCCAGUGGGAAAUGAAAUAAAA